GCAGGGAAACAAGCCCUAAUGUCCGCCGUUAGGGCCCGCCUAUGCAAGUCCCUGCGGACAACCCUCAAGCUCCAAAAAUGACAACCCACGUCCAUGGACCAAAGUUACCACCUCCAACAUCUCGACACCACACAAUCCUCAACCACAAGGCCUCGUUAUUGACUUCCACAUAUCUGAUCCCAAGUAUCCCUUACACCUGGUGAUCAUCAUCAAAUCCAAGAUGCCUCCCGCUCGCCAACCAAUUCCCGAGGACCUUAAAAAUGUGUACCUUAUGAUGGCCAUCCAGGAGGCGCCCGAGUCUACCAUCCGGACAGUUCUCCGAGCUCUCUGCGGGGACGCGGACUACAAGGCUCGAAUCAUGACUCUCAUGUUCAACAAGAAGCUCCCCCUCAAACCUGAAGCCACCACCACGGCAGCUGGCACGGGAACUCCCAGCGGCAGCGGGUCGGAAUCCAGAAAGAGAAAGGCUCCCAACACAGAAAUCUGCAUCCAGUGCGAUGAACUUUUCGAGGAGGGAGAUAAGUCCAAGACGUGCAAGCAUCACCUUUACGACAUGGAACUAGACGAGGACGACGAGACAUGGCUAGAAAUGCCUAUAUUCCGCGAGGAGAUCUCGGACACACCGUUCUGUCGCAAGGAAAAUCCGCAGGGCUUUGUCUUCCCUUGCUGCGGUACGAAAGGAAGCCGGAGCAAGGUGAAUAGGGGAUGCACGAUGGGGAAACAUCGGGCUGCGGAUGGCAAGAGGACCAAGUAUCCGGGGGAGGAGAAGGAGAGUUCUGGUGAAGAAGACGACGACGAAGAGACCGAAGAGGACGAAGUUGAUGAGAACCAGAAGGGACAAGUUGAAGUUAGGGAGAAGGAUGGGGAUAAGAACGAGGGGGGUGACGGAAAGUAAUGCUUGCGCGGAAAGCU